UAAGUCACUCCGAGUAAGUUGUGGUUGCUGACCUUCUGAUGACUUAACUUCUAUGAGUGCAUGGUACGUGUUUCUUAAAGGGGGCUUACAGCGGCAGCUGUCAUCACUGUGGUUCAUUGCCAGAGAAAGCGCAUGAGCAUAACACGACAGGUCCUGAAUUGGUCCAAGUUUGCAUGUCAUUCAGCUAACAUAAACUUCAGACGAAGGUUUUGCACCUCACAGCAUAUAAUGGUGUCCCGGCAUACCCACUCAAAAAGAAUUGAGGGGCUGGACAAGAAUGUGUGGGUGGCAUUUACAUCGAUGGCAGCGGACCCAUCCAUUGUAAACUUGGGUCAAGGCUUUCCAGACAUCCCUCCACCUUCUUACGUCAAGGAGGCACUAGCAGAGGCUGCAUCGGUGGACAGGAUGAACCAGUACACCAGAGGCUUUGGUCAUCCAUCUUUAGUGAAGGCACUUUCUCAGGUUUAUGGGAAGGUCUGUGGGCGCCAGAUUGACCCCUUCAAAGACAUCUUGGUCACAGUGGGAGGUUAUGGUUCUUUAUUCAGCACCAUGCAAGGACUGGUGGACGAAGGAGAUGAGGUCAUCAUAAUAGAACCGUUCUUCGAUUGCUAUGUACCUAUGGUGCGAAUGGCAGGGGCAAAGCCUGUGUUAAUACCAUUACGUCUUAAGCCUGGAAAGAGCACAAUCACAAGUGCUGACUGGUUUCUUGACGCAGAUGAGCUUUCCAGUAAAUUCAACUCUAAGACAAAAGCCAUCAUAAUCAACACCCCAAACAAUCCUAUUGGGAAGGUUUUCACCAGAGAUGAGCUGCAGAUGAUCGCUGACCUCUGUAUUAAACAUGACACACUGUGCUUCAGUGAUGAGGUUUAUGAGUGGCUCAUCUACAGGGGACACCAACAUAUCAAAAUUGCCACUCUGCCUGGGAUGUGGGAUAGAACAGUCACUAUUGGCAGUGCAGGGAAAACAUUUAGUGUUACUGGAUGGAAGCUUGGUUGGUCUGUCGGACCUGAGCACUUGAUAAAGCAUCUUCAGACCGUCAUGCAGAAUUCUCUGUACACCUGCCCUACACCUAUACAGGAGGCCGUGGCACAAGGUUUGCUUCGCAACUUUGAGCUUAUGGGUCAGCCGGAAUGUUACUUCUCGUCACUGGCAGAGGAGCUUAAGGACAAGAGGGAUCGUAUGGCUGCCAUUGUGAAAGAGGCUGGUAUGACUCCUGUCAUCCCAGAGGGCGGCUACUUCUUGCUUGCAGACGUCUCAUCUCUCAAUCUGGACCUGUCACAUAUGGCUGAUGAUGAUGAAGCCUAUGACUACAAGUUUGUGAAGUGGAUGAUUAAAGAAAAGAAACUGGCAGCCAUUCCAGUCACAGCAUUUGUUGGAGAUGAGUCCAAGAAACAGUUUGAGAAAUAUAUUCGGCUUUGCUUCAUUAAGCAAGAUAGCACUCUGGAUGCGGCAGGGGACAUCUUGAAAAACUGGACUAAAAUUUAGAUACAGUUUGUGAAGACUAUGAAGUGCCUUUUGAUUCAGUAUAAAUAAAUAUAUGUAGAAAUGAAUACAUAAAUAAAUAUGUACAUGACAUAAAUCCUGAGGUUAAUAAAUAGGUCUUUAUUUUAAGAUGAAAAGGAUCGUUUUCAAAUGACAAAUGACAGUUUACAAAUAAUUAAUAGCAGACUUCAGCAGAACUUUGUGGUGAACUGAAGCAUGGCAUUGGACUGCAAUACUAUACAUAAUCCUGAGAUAUGUCAAAUGCUCACAGCAAAAUCAUUUUUAGUAAAUCUUAUUUUAGUCCAUAAAUUCACCUGUAUCCUGACUUUGACCUGCUGCUAACUGUAACUGUGUCCUGUGUUUAGUUUCUAAUAAAACUGGAACCCUUGGUUGGA